AGAUUGGUUAUGUUGAAAAUUGACAGAUUGUUGUGAUUUUUGCUAUUUCUCUGGAUUUUUGCAUUGUAUAUGGAUUUUUGUUAUUCAAUUUUUAUUAAUAUUUUCCAAAAAAGUAUUAUUUUAGAAAUAUGUCCGAUUCUGAAGAAGAACACUUUUGUUACUAUGGAAUACCUUUAGAUCCGUACGAUGAAGACUGUAUACCAAAAAAACGCCCCAUAACUGUUGAAGAACAAAUAGCUACCGAUGCACAAGGGCGUAGACGAUUUCACGGAGCAUUUACGGGUGGUUUUUCUGCCGGUUUCUUUAACACGGUGGGUUCCUUGGAAGGAUGGCUGCCAAAUGAAUUCAAAAGUUCGCGUUCCGAAAAAGCAAAAAACUAUAUUCAAAAACCGGAAGAUUUUAUGGACGAGGAAGAUAUGGGCGAACAUGGAAUUGCACCUCAAGUUAUUAAGGCUACCGACGAGUACAAUACAAGCAAAAAAAGAAAAAAACAAGUUUUCUCUGAUGGACCAAUUCCUGGUGAGCCUGUACUCCAUCAUCUCAUAACCAGUGGAAAUGAAACAAUUGGCUAUAUGUUACUGAAGAACUUAGGAGUAAAAGAUAAAAUACGACGCCGGCAAGAAGAACUACAAUCAGAAACUAAAGUAUAUGGUUGCCAGAUGCCUAAUAGAGCGUAUGACAUAUCUGAAGAUAUUAAUCAUGAUAAAUAUGAAGUUCCAGAAAUAUACAAAGAAUUCCUUUCAAAUCCCAAAAGCAAUACUUUUGGACUUGGUUACAAAGGAUUAAAUAAAAAUACAUUCAGUUUAUUUCCUGAGCCUGGUUCUUCAAAACUUAAUGUUAUAGAUAAAUCAAACAAAAAAGUUUCCAUAAGUGGGCAAGCAUUUGGUGUUGGAGCGUUUGAAGAAGAGGAUGACGAUAUCUACAUGAAAGAUGAUAUGAACAAGUAUGAUUUUGAAAUUUCUGAAGAAAAAAAACAAGCUGAAUCUGUAAAAAAAUCAAAUUUAGUAUUUGAUAUGUUUAUACCUUCUAAAACUCCAUUACUAAAUAAAAAACUCUUUCCACCUCCAAAAAUUCCGCAUAGUUUUACAGGUGAGCAUAAAGUGAGGAAAUCAAGAUUCGAGCCUCUACCUGAAGAACCCGUUGAAACUGGUAAAAUUAAUGCAGCUGUAAGAGCAAAAUACUUAGGAGAAGAGACUGAUAAAGAAUAUACUGAGUCAGUUUCUCCACUAAAUCCUCAAAAAGGUGUAAAAAAACAGCAAGAAACUAAAUUAACUAAGGUCGCUGAGACUAAGAACGAGACUGAGACUAGAAAUGCAUUUGAUAUUACUUCAAUUUAUUUGAGUGACAAAUUUGUCUCCUCUUCGAAGAAUGAGGAUAUGGGAAAUAUUUUACAACCACUAGAAAAAAUGGGCACCAUACAUGGCACUGACCAGAUGCGAGAUGCUGCAAGAAUGAAAAUGUUUGGACCCCUUACACGUGUUACUUCUGAUUGGAUUCCUUGUUCGAUGCUUUGCAAAAAAUUCAAUGUUCCAGAGCCAUUUGUAGACCGACCCACUAAACAAAGAACAAGAACGAAAAAUCUCAUUUUUGAAUACGAGAAACAUGCUGAGGAACAAACUGAGUUGAAACCAGGGUUAUCUCACCAAAAGGAAGAAAGUGUCAUCAAAGAAGAACUUGAAACCAGUAUAGUAAUUAAUGAUGAGGAAUCUAAACCAGAAGAAGUAAAAGAAAGCAAUGAAAUACAUGAUGUGUCAAUAGAUUUAACAGAAAAACUGAACUUAGACCAGAAACAAGACUUAUUUAAAGCUAUUUUCUUAAGUAGUGAUGAAUCAGAAGAUGAAACAGAGGAAAAACCUGAAGAAGAAAACAUCAGUAAAGAAUCCAGGAGUGAGGAAUUAAAGUCGACAGUUUUAUCGGAUAAUCUUUUACCAAAAAUAAAGCCCAUGAAAGAAGGAAUUUUAUCUGGAGUAAACUUUCAUGCUUUUAGAAAGCCUACGGUCAAUCCAAAAACGGAGGAACCUACAAACAAUGAAACUGUAGUAGAAAAUGAUACAAAUACUACAGAUUUGAACUUGUACGGUCCAAAGAUACCACAAAAAUUGCCAGCAAACCAACCAGGAAGUAACAACACAGUUUUUGUAACCUCGUAUAGUGAUGAUGAAUGGGUAGAAAAAGAUGAAAGCAAAAAGAAAAAACACAAGAAACACAAAAAAGAUAAACAUAAGAAACAUAAACAUGAUAAACAUAAGAGUAGUAGAUAGUCAAACUUAAGAUUUGUCUGUAUUUUAAAAACUGUGAUAAUUUUUGUUUAGUUAAGUUCUAAUUUUCAGGAAUAACGAAAUAUAAUAUAUAGUUAUAUUAUAUU